AGCGGAUCAGAACAUAGAAAUCUUCAGUCACCAUCAUGCAUGUGUCUAACUACCAGAAGAUUUGUGUCAUUUGAAAAGACUUAAGGAGAGAAAAAGACUACGAAUACGAGAACUCAGUCAGCAGACAGAAACAACAAUAACCCAGUGCUUAGACAUGGCCGGCACCCAGACCAGUUUGAAAACCCCUUUCAAAGACUUCACCUCAUUCAAGGGCAACAUGAAACGGCUGUAUAGAGAGCGACUUGAAGACGCGCCCAUUAAGAAGCGAGUGAUGGCUGAGAUCAACCUGAAGCGUCGCAGCUUGGAUUCCCUCCCCAAAACUCCCAAGGUAAAGAGGGAGCAGAUCGAGGAUCUGUGUCACGACUCUGACAUGGAUGUGGAGGGCCGGGCUGAACUGCACAUGGUGAGCUCUGCUAAAGCCCUGGACCUGAGCCCUGGGCUCAAACACACACUGGCCCAGUUCACCCUCAGCAGCCAGAGCUCCCUCGGGGGCCCAGCUGCCUUCUCAGCCCGAACCAGCCACGAGCAUUCCCCGGCAGGCAUGCCCCCCCUGCCCUCCCCUCCUGUUCUGGGAGGGGGCCCUCUGCUGGUUCCCUGUGACAGCUCCACCGAACUCACCCACUCGCUGCUGGAAGGAGAGUCUAUCUCCUGCUUCAUCGUUGGCGGAGAGAAGCGGCUUUGCCUGCCCCAGGUGCUCAACUCUGUGCUCCGCGACUUCUCGCUGCAGCAGAUCAACACUGUGUGCGACGAGCUCUACGUCUACUGCUCGCGUUGUGACGCUGAGCAGCUGCACAUCCUCAAGGUGCUGGGCAUUCUGCCGUUCAACGCACCUUCCUGUGGCCUCAUUACACUGACGGAUGCGCAACGGUUGUGCAACGCUCUGCUGCGUCCUGGGGCAGUCUUGCCUGCCGACCCCAGCGGUAAGCUGUCGACCCAGGGCCUGCUGAAGGAGAGUGAAGCCAGUUUCCAGGUGGAGCACCAGUGUUUGGGGAAGUGCCAGGGUCUCUUUGUGCCCCAGUUCUACACCCAGCCUGAGGCGCCCUGCAUCCAGUGUGUUGAGUGCCAGUUGCUCUUUUCACCACAGAAGUUUGUCAUGCAUUCACACAAGUCACCUGAUAAGAGGACCUGCCAUUGGGGCUUUGACUCAGCCAAGUGGCCCUGCUACCUGCAGCUUGCCAGGAAGUACCAAGGCAUGCCUGAGGAGCCAAAGCUCAAGCAGCUCCUGGACGAGGUCAAAGAGAAGUUCCACUACCAGCUCAAGAGGUCGCUAGACAAAAAGGCAGUGGAGGAAGAGGAGAGCCAGGUGAGGAAACCCUCAGCAAAUCUCUGCUCCCCCAGCAGCAAGUUGCCCGAUGCCGACCCUGCAAGAAAGGGGAAAGCAUCUCAACCCACUCUGGUGUUUAACCGUCUUUUCUCUGACAUCAAGGAGGAGCCAGGACACCCCACCCUGGUCCAUCCCAGUUACUACCUGUACACAUAUGAUAAGAUGGUGGCUCCCAACGUGUCUCUGGGGAGGGAAGCGGAGAUGAGCCCCGAGAUGUUCGGAGCGCUGCUCAAACACCAUUACAACCGCAGAGUGCUGGGCCACGACGAGCCACCCAUGGAUCUUCAUGCGUCGUCUCCCGUUGCUGCUGGCGCCGAGGAGGCCAAAUCCCGACGUGCCGCUGCUGCCUCGGCCACUGAGAGGGAAUGCCAAGCCCAGGCAGUUUCCAUGGAGACAAGCAGCCCGAGCUGCAAGAAAGCCACCCACACUCCCACCCACACUCCUCCUCCUCCUCCUCUUGCGUCGUUGUUGUCGCCGGCAACGGAAGUGGUGGCUAAGGACACAGGCUCUGCCACGAGCAGCGCUGCAGUAGUGGUGGGGGGGCUGGAGGACGACAAGGACAGGAUUGUUGUGGAGAUCAUGCAGAUGUACAGCAGGCAGCAGGAGAAGCUCAACUCCACCCUGCACAAGCAGCUGCAGCUGGAAAUGGAGCUGGAGGCGGUGCGCGGGGGCGAGGCGGCGAGGCUACGGGAGCUCAGCGCCGAACAGCGGGAGCUGCGUAGCGAGCUUGAGGCGGUGCACAGCGAGCAGGCGCGGCAGCUCAGCCAGGCCCGCCAGGAACAGCUGGAGCUGGAGACGCGUCUGGAGCAGCUCCGACAGCAGGCCUGCGCCUGCGAGCCAGGGGCACAACUCCAGCAAGAGGCCCACUACACUGCACAGUUGUCGGAGCUACGUCAGAGGCUGGAGCGGGCGGAGGCGGACCGGCAGGAGCUACAGGAGGAGCUGCGCAGGGAGCGUGAGGCGCGGGAAAAGCUGGAGCGCACAAUCACCCAGCUCAAGCAGCAGAUGGUCCAGUCUGCCACGGUGGGAGGCAGCCCCUCUCCUCCUCUUACCCCUUCAACUGGACCUCCUAAUGCCCACUCCCCGCAAUCCUCCUUCUCAGAGGCCCCAGCGGCUGGCCAAAAGUAACUGCCACCCCCCUCAGGCGCCUCCCUCAUUCCUCUCCCCAUCACCCGCCAACUCUACAGACACAAACAAAUUUAUUUUGCUCCACUCUCCUCUCUUUAAACAGUAUUUAAAGAUUUUUGGGCAUGUAUGUUUGAUUUAAUUUAUAGUUUUUACUGAACAAAGCUGCUUCACAGAUGGGAGUUUGGUCAAGUGGAGACCCCCCACAUUAUCACCCUCCUCUCCCAUCUCUUCUUGAUCUCUGGAUUCUGGAGCUAAUGACUUUGAGAUUUCAGAUUUCCGCUCAGACACACAGACUCGUCACGGACGUCACUUCAUGCUACUACCUGGCACAGCAGCCGGUGUCCUCGGACACAUAAUGGUGCCUGGUUGCAGGCCCCUUCACUCUGUACGUACAGCCCAAAUGCUCCAGCCCAAAACGCCCAGUGACUGCAGGAAACUGCAUGGACAUUUCAAUAUUUUUGCUCUCCUUAUAAAACACAGAAAGAAAAGUGUAACAUGUUAAAAACAUCAAAUCUAUAUGGAGGAGAAAGACCUUUGCUGUACAAAAAAAAAAAAGACAUUUUUGCAAAUGUUGAAAAACCUCAUGAAAAUAUGCCAAUAGUGACUAUGAACUUGAAAAAUUGUGUUUUUAGUGUGACCCCUACAAGGUAGCUAGCUAGCAAAUCGUCUGGCCUGGACCCCAGCUGCUCCUCAUACCGACUAGUUUCACCCUUCACUCUGCUAGGCAGCACCUGGACUCUCCCGUUGUAAAACUGUCGGUUGAUCCACCAGCUGCCCACACACAAACACACACACACACACACACACACACACACACACACACACACACACACACACACACACACACACACACACACACACACACACACACACACACCGUCCACUGCUGUACGCUAGCGCCAUCAUUACUCUGUUGGAAAACUCUUUAACACUGUGGUUAUCACCCACUUUAGGCUAGACAGGAAACACUGUUCUCUUGGCUUGGCAUAAAGACGCUCACAAGCAGUGUUAUGCACUUAUCACGCUCUCCUCCCCCAGAAUCCCUUGGGAAAGGAAUGUGUCUGGACACGGGGGCUGGCUGAGCCGGUGUAGCUUUUCUAAGAAAGAAGAAAGGCAGAGUCUCUCACAUGUGCAGUAGCUGUACUGUGUUACCAUAAUACAUGCAACAUCCUCGCAUGGCCGCACACACUCCAGUGUGUCAGUGCAGUCCAGGCAUUCAGGCAGAACAAUGGCCCCAGCGUUCCCAGCAGAUGAUCAAAGCUUAAGUCUGUCCCUGUUUUCUGGGCUUCUCUUUUUGUAUCAUUUGACUUCAUUGUUAGCAGACGUUAUUUAUCCACCACUCUGUUUGUCAGAGCGUCAUCUAAGAAUGUGGGUCGCAGGUGAAAGCAGUUAGUCCAGGGUUGUUUGGGCCUCUGGUCCGGCCCCUGCUUGACGUUGUUCUGCCUGGCUGAACAAACAGCACCAGGCAGGAAGAGGAAGAGAGGGGAGGCGAGGAUUGAGGGGAGCGCUCGGGGGGCCUGGUACGCUCUCCCCCUGCGGCAGGCUGGGUGGCCUCGAUGCCAGAGGUACAGAGGGAGCCCUUUUUUUGUUCUGUACCAUCAGAAUGGGGGCAGCUGUUGUUGUCUGUGGGCCUCUGCCCACCCUCGGGUGAGACUGUACAGGAUCCCCCCCCAUCUCUCAAUAAACUCCCUCCCUUGUUCGCAAUAACCUCCCUCCCUCGUUAUCUCCCACAAAACAACCGUCACUCACUCACACAUACAUACCCGUCCAUCCAUCCAUCUCCAGUGCCAGAUCAGCUCGGGAUGUGCUGUGUUUUGUAGAUGCCCAGGAGAGCAAGCAGACGUCCAGACAGAGGAAGAAAGGACUUCCAUUGUGUCAGUUGCCAGGCGAAAGUGCUUUUUAUUGCCACUAAGGAGAUCCGUGUGUGUGUGUGUGGGUGUGUGGGUGUGUGUGUGUGUGUGUGUGAGAAAAGAGAAGAGGAUCGGCCUCAGCUAAACUCUGAGCUUUUUUUAUGCAUUUGCUAUAAAUGCAAUUUGAUAGACAUUCCACUGUGGUCCAUCCUGUUCAAUGCUGAUUUUCUUACACAGCUUCCCUUAUCAAUAACAGACCUUAAAAAACCGGGCAGAGUACAGCUGUGGUUUGUUGAUUGCCAUAAAAGCAGGUGCAAGAAAUCAAAAAUCAAACCCACACCACCCACCCCCCUGUACACUCUACCGUUUCAUUAAAACCUUUAUUGAAAUUAUGAAAGAAAAUAUUUAACGUAUUAACUAAAGAUUUAUAUUCACUUUGUAAAUACAGUAGUCAUUAAUAUAUUAACUGUUCUUGUAUGAAAAAUAUUCUAAAGGUUAUAUAAAUUGGACCAGAACCAAGGCUUCAGAUGUUUUUGCUUUCUUUUUUUUUUUAAAGUUAUUAGAACUUGACUUUUGUCGAGUGGGGAGUGAAACGCAUGGUUUACUGAGACAUGAUGCAGGACAAAGGCGAAAUAGGAAAAUAAUACUUUGUUACGCACUUCCCUCUUUUCUGAAAUAAUGCUUUUUUUGUGGAUUUCAUCUUGACGGACUGUUUAACGUGUAAUGUAAUGAGAUUUUUCUCUUUCUUAAGGUCCCCCCCAGGGAUAAAUUGAAAACGAAAUAUUUGUUUAAGAAAAUGCAUUUUGGAAAUUGAAAAUUAUUUAUUUUUUGUGCAUGUUUUGCUGCCCCUUAUGUUUUGUGUCACCGGGCCAAUCUAUCAAUCUGCUCAUUGUUUAAAAAAAAAAGAAAAGAAAAAAGCUACUUCCCCUCACGUAACGCACAAACUAUUGAGAUGCUCAUAUGCAUGAACAUUGAACAUGUGCAAGUUCUAGAUCAUUAUUGGUUUAGAGCUUGGCUAAAGUCAGAUUAUGAAGAACAUAAAAUGUAGCCUACGUGGUUUGGAAAUGUGUGAUGUGAGAGAGGAAUAGAAAGUGUGUGUGUGUGUGUGGGUGGGGUUAUGUUUUCUGAUUCUGAUCAUUUAUGUUUGUCUGGAUGUGUAAAAAUAUGACUUAAUUACCCCUUUCACUUUGUGUAAUUUGCAUUUUAUACACAAGGGGGCAUUGUUUAGCUUCUUUAAUCUUACACCAUAUUGAAAUAAAAAGGACUAAAUGUAAACGUAAGGGGAGAAAAAUCCCUUGUAACACGAUUUGCUGGGCCUUUUGCAUUUUGCAGUGUUAUGAGAACUUGGAUAUGCUUUGUACAGAAUUUUUACAGGUGUGAACAGACAAAAAAAACAAGGUGAAAUGAGCAGAGCUUCACCAUGUGGACAAAUUUGAAUACAUGAUUUACAUACGCAUUGCCUCCAGACUAUGUGGAGAAUGGUAGUAAGCAAAUCCAAGGUGACCUUUGAACUGUUGCAGGUGGUAUGCUUUGUCGUUUGGUGUGUCACUUUCAGCCAGUAAAUUUUCUAUGCCAGUGUGGGAGAAGUAGGAAGUAUGGCUGCAUUGGUGAUUGAUCACACAGAUCACUGAACACCAAGUUUUAAUUUAUGCACAUCUUGCUAUAGAUGAAAAAAAGAUUCAUGGCUUUGCUAAAAAGAACCUUUUUUCCCCCUCAAUGCUGUUCUGAAACAUGAAACACAGCGUCUGUGUUUGACCAUUGCAUACUACGUUGCCAAUACUACAGUGUGAUCAGACUUUUGUUCUUGCAUGAAUCGAGGCACUGUUCUCCUACCUCAUGUUGUGAUAUGAAAAGAUGUUUUUUAAGCAGAAGACACUGCAUCUCUAACUGUGUAUCAUCAUUGAUAUUUACUAGUAAAUUACAUACCUGUAAAUGCUUUUAGCUAAUACCUCAGUUGUAUCAAGUGUUUGUUUUCAGUUUUUUUGCCCUUCCCUGAUUUCAGAUCUUGUAAAUAUACUCUGUAUAGACAAUGAACUUGGAUCAAAUUCAAGUAAAGUUAUGUAGUGUCAAACCA